GGGGCCAAGAGCGUGGAGCCUCGCCCGGCUGGCGGCUGGCGGGCCGGGCUGAAGCUCAGGCAGCGGGGAGCUGCUGCCCGACCCACAGCCGCAGCCCGAGCCGCAGCCGAAGCACCGGGAGCUGGAAGAUAGGCCUUGCCGGAGUGGAGCCGAGCCGAGCUCGCCGCCUGGCACCGGCCGGAGCGCGGGCCUGGGCACAGUCGGCGGCAGCGAACCGCGACUACCGGGCACCACCCGACAGGACACAGGAGCCUGGAUCAUCCCUGCCAGGCCCGGGCAUGGCUUGAACACUCAGGAGAUCCCGGAGUCUGGACCAAAGAGGAAAAGGAACAAGAAUUCCAUCUAACAUAACGUCAAGAAGAGUGGAGACUUGGCCUGGCACGGGGCAGAUGUGCCCAAAGCCUACUAGGCCAGGCUUGAGCACCAGAGAGCCUGGCAUCUCCAGCAGCCACGACCUGGGCGCUGCCCUGCUUGAGCAAGGAACACAGCAUAGCUCCUGGACCUCGGCUGGCACAGGCCUGGCAGAAGAAGUGGUUAUCUCACCUGUCUGAAAGGAAAGUGAGGAUCUGAGAAACCAGGAUCUGGCCUGGACCGAAGUGGGGCUCUCUGGUGGCCCAGAGCUGGUCACCGGGGAGUUGGCCUUCUGCCACAGCCCCACUGGUCCGGAUGUGCCGCUGUCCUCUGGAGCACCAUGACGGCAGGAUGACCUCUGCUGAGGCAGGAGCAGAGACUAGCAGGGCUCGGGUGGCGGGGCCCCCUGAGUGGCCCCCUGAUACCCACCAGGCCCCUGGUCGGCCUGGCCGGGCCCGGGUGGCCGUGGCAGCACUAGUGUGGCUGCUGGCGGGAGCCAGCAUGUCCAGCGUCAACAAGUGGAUUUUCACGGUGCACGGCUUUGGGCGGCCCCUGCUGCUCUCGGCGCUGCACAUGCUGGCAGCAGCGCUGGCCUGCCACCGGGGAGCACAGCGCCCCAUGCCCAGUGGUACCCACCGCCAGGUGCUGCUGCUCAGCCUUACCUUUGGCACCUCGAUGGCCUGCGGCAAUGUGGGCCUGAGUGCUGUGCCCCUGGACCUGGCACAGCUGGCCACCACUACCACGCCACUGAUCACACUAGCCCUGUCGGCGCUCCUGCUCGGCCGUCGCCACCACCCGCUGCAGUUCGCCGCCAUGGGCCCGCUCUGCCUGGGGGCCGCCUGCAGCCUGGCCGGUGAGCUCCGGACACCACCCGCUGGCUGUGGCUUCCUGCUGGCUGCCACCUGCCUUCGUGGCCUCAAGUCCGUUCAGCAGAGUGCCCUGCUGCAGGAGGAGAGGCUGGACGCGGUGACCUUGCUGUAUGCCACCUCGCUGCCCAGCUUCUGCCUGCUGGCAGGUGCAGCCCUGGUGCUGGAGGCUGGUGUGGCUCUGUCACCUGCUCCCACUGACUCCCGCCUCUGGGCCUGCAUCCUGCUCAGCUGCCUCCUGUCCGUGCUCUACAACCUGGCCAGCUUCUCCCUGCUGGCUCUCACCUCUGCCCUGACCGUCCACGUCCUGGGCAACCUCACUGUCGUGGGCAACCUCGUCCUGUCCUGGCUCCUGUUUGGCAGUCGACUCAGUGCCCUCAGCUACGUGGGCAUUGCGCUCACCCUUUCAGGAAUGUUCCUUUACCACAACUGCGAGUUUGUGGCCUCCUGGGCUACCCGCUGGGGCUUCUGGAGGAGGAGGAACCAGCCUGGCAAGGGUCUUUGAGGCCUGGGAGAGCACCUGUGCUGUCUGGGACAGCCCCAGUCUGAAUCUAACCUUGGCCAGUGACCAUGGGCAAAGUGGAGAGCAAGCGGCCACUGGGGCCAUGGGAGGGAGAGGCGCCUUCUGGAAAGGCGACCUUGGAGGCUGGAAUGGGGCCUCCCAGAGAGACCCACCUGUCCCUGCCUGCCUCUCCUCAUCACAGGCCCCACCCACCACUGGAUGGUGGGUCCAAGCCUGGCACAGUCACUGUGCUUAUCAGAGUAAUUAUUAUUAAUAUCAUUGACUAUGCCAAAAAUUGCUGGCCAAACUUUGAGAACCUCACCGUGUUCUGAUGACGACGAUGACGAUGCUUGGCGGUUGCACAAUCCUUCCUCCUGGGAGUAGGGGAAGCAGUUCGGAGGCCCAGAGAAGGGCUUCUUGCUGCUGGGCUCCUCUGGGGAGGUGGGGUCGUGUGUGCCAACCCCUGGCAGCUACUGCGGCCUCAACUCUGGGCCCCCCAAUUUUGGGUCUU